UCCUGUUUGAAAUACUUUGUGUAUCGCUUAACAUUUAAAGGAACGCUAUUAAAUAUUUCGUAAAGGGAACUAUGUGAUGGAAUUAAAGUAAACGUUUAAGCUGAUUGUCUAUGUUAAGGACGUGCCACACACGAUAUGACAAUUUUUAUCACGUAGCAAAACUGUGCAUUUGCAUUAUGAAGGUUAUUUCAACAGUUGAGUAAAUACGAUAUCAAGCAAGACCUGUGGUUUUAUCGUUUCAAGGUCUUAUUGCAAACACUUGCAAUAUUUUUCUACAAUAUGUUCUUUUUCGGGGAAAUCAUAUAUUAUUUCGCUGGAAGAUGAUUGUUGGAAUUUGAAAACGUGGUGUCAUCAGUAACUUGACUAUAGCCAGUCACCAGUCAUGUCGACGACUGUUAUAAUAGCAUGGAUACAUUUCCGCGAUAUUGCAAACUGGAUAAUAAAUGGGGUGGAGCGACAUUGCAAGAAAAGGAUGGCCGACUUGGAGGUACAGCAAUGUUUGGACUGGCUGUUAGAACAAAAAAAUGAAUUGGAGGAGACCGGAUUUGGAUGUAACAAACAGUCUGUUAAUGAAGGGGUCGUUCAACAUUCACAUCACAGAGCAAAACUUCGAGAAUAUAUCAAACAUAUGGAAAAACUGAAAAUCAAACAUACAUUGACGGAUGAUGAACUACAGGCGCUAUACGGCACAUAUCAAACCGUUCAGACUCUAGCAGAUAAGAAAACAAGUUGUUUUGAAGUUAUGAACGGAAUCGCAAAUUUAGAAGACCAGAUACAGGGUUUGAGCACGGAGUUUGACAACAAGGCAGUCCAUCUUGUUAACCUUUCAAUUAACAACAGAAAGAAAGCCGAGUGUUUUAAACUAAGUAAUGAAAGCAUGGCAAAAACAACAAAGAACUGUGUAAGCGGGGUUCGACAGUCAUGGAGAUGGAUGGAUGAAGUUAUGCAGUGUGCGCACGUGCAUCUAGCGAACGCUGCCGCAUAUCACGAGUUUUUCCAUGACGUAGAAGAAGUAGAUUAUUGGAUGAACACAAUAAUGUCUAGCAUGCAUCUAACAUUUUCGAAACAGAGAUUAGAUGGUGACAGUGCUGAUGUCUCCGCCAUUAAUAAUGAGAUGAGGGACACUCUUCUCGCCUAUCUUAGAUGGCAGAGUAAAGUGGACAGUUUGUUCACGCGCGCACGAGAUAUAGUUCCUGUACAUAAGAGGACAUCACCCAUCAAGGAGCCGUGCCCAGUUUUAGCAUUAACGUCUUAUAAAACUAACGAGAUCGAAUUCAAAGAAGGAGAUACAUUAACAUUGGUUGACAACUCAGACACUAGCAAAUGGCGAGUGAAGAAUGCCGCAGACCAGGUUGCCAUGGUUCCAGCAGUGAUUCUGCUAAUUAAUGGUCCAAGUGGUGACGCCAUAGACGCAGCACUAAGACUGCGUAUUCAGUUAUUAAGUCUAUGGACAACCAGCACCAAGAGACUUGGUUAUCAGAUGAUAGCAUUUUUGCAGACGAUAUUUCGUGACUGGACACCUGAAGAGAUAAAAUCAAUCCAAAGCAUGCCAAAAUCAAAUAGAGAUGACCUAAUGAGAAUUAUCAAAACAAUCCAGUCUACUCUCGAGAAGAAUUGGGAAGGUUACGAGGGGUUCGAGGAUUUACAAGAGCGAAUCUCAAGAUUGCGAACAAUACUUGAAGAAGCAAAAGACGGAAAACCAUCAUCUAAUGGUACAUCCGGAGAAGUUGUGAUUCAGGUCAGAAUGUUGGAAGACAUGUUUAAUCACUAUCAGGAGUUUUGGACAUACUGGGAAACGUACAAGGUUGUCGUUGAAGUUCUUAUGCAGCCAAGGUAUAUUCUAGUGUGUGACAGAUGGGACCAGUUAAAAUAUAAAUCUACUGCACAUUUUGUUAGGUUUUGGGAUACAAAUCUUACGGUACCUAAAGAUGGCGGGAAAACUUAUAAGGCGGAAGCAGCACUGACGCUUUACGAGACGCCAAAAACAAAGUUAUCAGACGGUGUCGUAGAGGAAACAAUGUCAUCAACAACUGUUGAAAAAACUGACAGCACUGUGUCAGACGCAAUGUCAAAACUGAAGAAAGAAGGACUUGACGACAACGAUGGUACUAGUGAUUCGGCGCUGAGAGACCGACAUUUGUUAUCAACAGCCGCUUCUAUAGAUGUUGACGACGACUGGUCAGCGUCUUCUGAUCUAACGGAAAUAAGAAAACGUCAGCAGACGACAACUGAUCAAGUGACGAGCUCCAUGGAAGAAGUCAGUCAUACUUUCAUCAUUAAAAGCGUUCUUCAUCCGAAAACGCUUGAGGAUAUUAGUCUUCAAGAAGCAGUUUUGGCGGGAAUAAUUGAUCAAGCUGCAGGUCUUUACAUUGAUAUCACUACGGGAGAAACAUCAUCACUACAGAAAGCAAUGGCGGAUGGAGAUAUCAUUGUAGAGUUUAAAUCUCAGAAGAAGAUUCGAGAAGAGAAAUCAUCCUAUGGUAUUAUAACAAUCAAAACAUUAGUGGAAACGAGGCCAUACACUAUUCAUGGCGUUAUAGAUCCAGCAACAGAUGAGGAAAUUUCCGUGAAAAGAGCUUACAAAAAAGGCAUAUUGAACCAAGAAAAUACUACAUAUAAGACAGAAUCUGGUGAAAUGUCAAUAAGCGACGCUAUACAAAGUGGUCUUAUAAAAGCAGAAUUCCAUGGAGAAGAACAGGAGGAUGGUGUUGAAGAAACUAAAACAUAUGCUGUAACUUCUGUAGUAGAUCAAAAACAAAAAGCCAAAGUGUCAUUCCAUGAUGCCAUGAAUAGAGGUCUAUUAGACGCGGAGGAAGGCGUGUACGUGAAUAACGUGACACGUGAAAGGAUACCAAUUACUGACGCAAUCAUGAGUGGUCUUAUUAAAGCUAAAAUUGUCACCGACACAUCCAAUCUUGACAUAGAUCCAACAAAUAAAAUUGUUGUUAAAAGGAUAUCGUCGAUUAAAGAGAAAGUCAUAAAAGCUAUGAGAGUCACAAGAGCUUUCCAAUCUGGAACUGAAACUGUAAAUGGCAAAUGAGUUGGUAAUGAUCUUAACAAACUGUUUAACACAUUAAAAGGCGGUGAUCAUUGUGUAUUAUACUUGACUUUAUGGAACUAAUGUUUGUAAUACAAAUACGUAUCAUUCGAAACGUCAUGUAAAAUAUAAUACAUAUAUUUGUUAUCUUGAGGCGAUAUCAUGAAAUUGUUGUUUUCCUCAAAAAGCUUUGAAUGACACCUAUAAAAAAGUCUCUUUAAUGUGUUACAAGUAAAUCUUGUAUCAAUAUAAAUUAAAUUAAAUUUUGGAGACAUAAACUUGUCUUCCUAAAGUUUUUCAGUGAUACUUUGAAUUUUGAGGAAAACUAAACACUUCCUAUAAGACAUUGCUUUAAAGUUAUUGUUUACAUAUUGCUAUUAUUAUUUAUCUAUUUUGUUAUAAUGGUUUUUAUACAAUAAAAGAGAGACACUUUUGGUCUCAUUGUUUUCUGGUAGGAAAUCAAGGUACACAUGUUUAUUCAUACUUUAUUUUCAGAACACGUGUUCACGAGUGUAUAGUAUACAUCAAAUCGUGUAUUUUCAGUUAAUAUGUGUCCAGUAGUGUAUAAAAAAACAUCAAAACGUAUCAUUAAUGUUAAGUUUAUUGAUGCCCUCAUGUUUUAGUAUUAAACAAAAUCUUCUUCACCUUUUUUGGAACUCUAAUGUCUUAUUUUACCAUGGCAAAAGUAUGUUUAAAUGUAACUGAUGUAUUAAUAGAAAAUUCCUUAAUUACAGACAUGUCUUACAAUAAAAUGCCUUAUGUAUGUUAUUAUUUUGUAAUUUGCUCUAAAAUAUUCCAUUAUGUUCAUUUAUUAUGCUUUUAUACGUUUUUGUAUGUGUAAAACACACAAUGUUUUAUAUAGAAAUUAAAACAGCUUUUCUUA